GGCGAGCGCGAUGGCCAGGCGAGCGGCCGCGAAGAGGUGGGGCAAGGAGGUCGGCGAGCUGCAGAUCUCGGACUCGUACUACCUCUGGAAAAUCCGCAACUUCAGCAAGAUCCAUCUGGACGUGGGCGAGGCCAUCUGCUCGCCGGAGUUCGAGACCUCCAAGUUCUGCCCGCGAGGGCUACGAUGGAGACUGCGGCUCUAUCCGGCCGGCACCCUGCCGGACGACGCGAGCGGAGCGGACGUCUCGAACUACGUCGCGAUUUACUUGAUGCUGAUGAGCGAUCACCAGGUGUGGCUGAGGCACACGGUCAACCUCGUGAGCGUCUACGGCGCGAGCCUCUACAUGCUGCAGCCGCCGGACGGCUACGUCUUCGACGGGAACAACGACUGGGGCCACCUGCGCUUCUUUCCCAAAGACAUCCUCACGCAGGAAAAGUUCAACUUUCUGCGGGGCGACACCCUGAUCAUCAGCUGCACGAUCGAGGAGGUGCACACGGUGGCGAUAUGCGAUGAAAACCUGUCGUUUGCCCAGCACGUCACGUACUACUUCAAAACUCUGCUGGUCAACGCCGAGUUCAGCGAUUGCACUUUCCACGUCGGGACGGAGAAGCUGAAGCUCCACCGGGUCGUCGUCGCGAGCCAGAGUGCAGUUUUCCGCAGGAUGCUUCUCGCGAGCUCGGACGGCAAGCAGGACAGCGUGGUAACGAUUGUCGAUUUCCCGUACCAGGUGAUCAAGGAGCUGGUCCGCUACAUCUACACGAGGGUCAUCCAGGACUACGAGGACAUUCUGGACGAGCUGUUCGAGGCGGCCCACAGAUACGAGGUACAUGGAUUGAAGUUGUUGUGCGAGAAGCUGCUCUUCAAGAAGAUGAACGAGAGCAACGCGAUAAGCUACCUGGAGCUGGCCGUCAAGAACAACGCCCCGUAUCUGGUGGCGAACGCCACCGAGUUCAUCGCGCGUCGCUUGGCGGACUUCAUCAAGAGGCCGGAACUGAUGGCGAUGAACGACCAGUGCAAGAACGAGCUGCUCAAGCUGAUCUCGUACAAGCUGAACGGCGUGUACAGCUCGAUGACCGGGUGACUCUUCGCGCGCGUUCGCCGGCGCAUCAUCUUUCCUCUCCAACGCUUCUCAACUGCUCUCGCGCGCACGACCGAGUUUCAGAGCGCGAGUGCUUGGCGUUGUUACUCGUCUCGCGAAGCAAUUGUUCGACGACGCUGCACUGGCCGCCAGCAGGCAUCCCAGCGGCGAUCGUUUCUUGUCUUUGAUGUUUUUAAAAAUAAGUUUUAAGUCAUUUUACUUUCACGGAUAACUUUACGUUUUUGUAGUCUAACGAUAAUAAUAUACCAAUUCAUGCAA